AUGGCCUACGACGACCUUGUUGCCAGGUUCACUCUCGCCGGCAGCAUGACCUCGUGUAUUGCCACGUCCUUUGUGCUGCUCUCCUAUCUCGUCUUCCGGGACCAACAGCAUUCCUUCAGACACGCUCUGAUUCUGAAUCUCGCCCUGGCUGAGUUCAUAAAUACCCUAAACAACUCCAUAUCGGGCUUCAUCUAUGUUGGGACUAAGAAGCUCAACCCUGGUCCUGCUUGUACUGCAAACGGCUUUAUCGGGCAACUUACUGUACAAGCAGUGGACUUCACUAUUCUCGCUAUUGUUCUUGUCACGCUCUUGACCAUAACACGUAAAACCUACCUUCCCGAUGUCUCGAUAUGGGCGAAAGCACUCAUCUGUGCCUCAACAUGGAUCGUGCCCGUCAUCACCAGCGUCGUUGCCGUCUCACUCAAUGCGAUGACUCCUGUCAGCGGGAACUGGUGCUGGAUCACUGCGAAACGUCCCGACCUACGAUAUGGCCUCACCCACGGCUGGCGAAUCGGAAUCAUCUUCCUAACGGUUUUGCUUUACGCCUAUAUCUGGUGGUUCGUCCAUCGCCACUUUAAGGCUUUGUUCGGGUCUCGCAGGGGCGCUCGAUACGGUUACAACCCUGUCACUGGCGCCGUUCAUACGGAAAGUGGUAGACUGACGAAAGAGCGGCUGGAAGAGUCGCAAGGCACAACAUUGAUUGGAGAAGUUGAGACGAGACCGUUGAGCGACAUCAGAAACCCGCCGAAAGAUUCGAGGGACAGCAGAGACGACGUGACCAUGUCAGACUUCUCGCUGCCGAUCCAGGGGAUUGAGGAGGUCACUAGCACGGAACGAGAUUUUGUGUCAACUGUGACACCACCGGCACCGACUGUCGGCCACGCGGAGGGGCAACGCAACUACAGUCGGCACUUUGCCGCUGCUGAGAGCGACAAACCCGAGAUCUGUCCCAGGGUCAGACACUCGGUCGACGUGCGAGUGAGCUUCGCGAAGAGGUCAUACUCGUGGCUUCCGCCUGGCACCCCGCCAGGUUCUUCCAACCCGAUCACCCCACACACGGAGACUAAAAUAUCCUCCACGCGCUGCUCGCGCGCGGCGCCGUCGCAGCCUACAAGGCACAUGUCUGUCUCGCGGCAUGACCACGGACCUCCGUCCCGAGCCCACAAAGUCGAGAAGGAGAUUCGACGGAUGCUUUUGCUCAACGCGUACCCGACCUUGUACGUGUUACUCUGGAUCCCAGGCAUCGUCAACAGGCUCAUGGAGGCAACGGGCAAGACUCCCUCGAAUCCGCGUGCUGUUGCUGCCCUGCAGAGCACCAGCCAGUUCGUUGGGUUCGCCAACGCCAUAACCUUUGGGAUAAAUGCGACAAUGCGGCGGCGCAUUGGCUCGGCGGCCGUGAAGGCGAGGCAAACGUUGAAGACGAGAACGGAGGCAUGGUUGAGCGUUUAG